AUGAGUCCUCAGUUCUUGCCGCGGGCUGUCACAGUGUUCAGAGCGAGCACCUGUCACGCGGGCUUGUCGACCGGGCCCAGGGCAUCUCCACCGCGAACUCUUCCUUAUUACGCGCACGUGGGUCGCUCGGAAGAAGACCCGGAUGGCGAUUGGAUACCCGGCACGGCAGCAAGGGCGGACCGAAAAGCGAAAGGAGCUCAGACAGAUCGGGCCAAGGCUGCCGGCCCGCAGAAGAAGCACAAGAAGAACGCAACAGCCUACCCCAGCAAAGACGGAGAAGGAUACUCCUGGGAAGACGAAUCUGGCAGUCUCGAAAGUGCGGUCAACCAACUGAUUGCAAACAAACGGUGGAGAGUCAUACGUGAUACCACUUCGAUUCAACGCGAGAUCAUCAGGCAUCUCUGUUCGAUAAUAGAUGUUUCGCUCGCCAUGACCGAUCGCGACCUUCGGCGGAACCGACUGGAUAUGUCGCUUGAUUAUGCCAAGGAAUUCGUCACAGAGUUCUUCGAUCGGAAUCCAAUCAGUCAAGUAUGUAUCCUGAUCACGAAGGACGCAAUUGCCGACAGGUUGAGUGGUUUAUCAGGAAAUCCAUUGGAUCAUCAUAAGGCACUCAGCAAUAAAGCGAAAUUGACUCCUUCUGGAGAACCUUCAUUGCAAAAUUCAUUAGAGAUGGCUCGAGCUAGUCUGGCACAUUUACCAUCACAUGGCUCAAGGGAGGUACUCGUAAUCUUGGCUCACUUACUACUUGUGAUCCAGAUGAUAUCAAUAAAACCCUUGAAAACUUAG